GAGAGGGAGAGAGCUGUGUCAUUAUUGUCUUUCCGUUCAUGUUGUUUCCCUGCAAUGCGAGUGGAAGGAGGUGAGAUAUUUCAUCUUCUUCUGCAUCGACGACGCCUUUUGACGGCAACAAAGAAAAGCAGGCGGCAAAAAGACAACACGGGACAUUUUCCUUCUUUUCCUUCCUCUCCGAACUUGUGUGUCCUUCUUGGACGAUGCGCGGCCUCUGAUCGAGGCGACGAGAAGAGUUCGCAGGACGAACUGAAAUUAGCCCGAAACUUCUUCUUCUUCUUCUUCCUCCUCCUCCUCCUUCGUCCAACCUUCCAGCAUGUCCUCGCAGGCCAGAGCGAAGAAGGACAAAGAAAUCAUCGCCGAAUAUGAAAGCCAAGUGAAAGAGAUCCGUAACCAGCUGGUGGAGCAGUUCCGUUGUUUGGAGCAGCAGUCGGAGUCUCGCCAGCAGCUGCUGCAAGACCUGCAGGACUUCUUCCGUCGGAAGGCCGAGCUCCAGCUGGAGUUCUCCAGAGGCCUGGACAAACUGGCGGAGCGCUACUCGGCCAAGAUCCGCACUUCCAGAGAGCAUCAGCAUUUCAAGAAGGAUCAAAAUCUCCUGUCCACCAUAAACUGCUGGUAUUUGGUGCUGGACCAGACCAGGCGGGAGAGCAGAGACCACGCCACACUCAGCGACAUCUACAACAACAACGUCAUUGUGCGUCUGGCGCACGUAGGCGAGGAUGUCCUCAGACUUUUCAAAAAGAGCAAAGACAUUGGGGUGCAGAUGCACGAGGAACUGGUCAAGGUCACCAAUGAACUUUACACGGUGAUGAAGACAUACCACAUGUACCACACAGAGAGCAUCAGUGCCGAGAGCAAGCUGAAGGAGGCGGAGAAGCAGGAGGAGAAGCACAUGGGAAAGGCUUCCGACAUUAGCACUGCCUUGCUUCGUCACGGUCAUGACGAGCGCCCGCAGCGACGCAGCUCUGUGAAGAAGAUGGAGAAGAUGAAAGAAAAGAGACAAGCCAAGUAUUUUGAAAACAAACUGAAGUGCACAAAGGCUCGUAAUGACUAUCUUCUCAACCUGGCUGCCACUAAUUCCUUGGUGGCUAAAUACUACAUCCAUGAUGUCUCCGAUAUGAUAGAUCAGUGUUGUGAUUUAGGUUUCCAUGCCAGCUUGACGCGCACUUUGAGGACCUACCUGUCUGCCGAGUACAGCCUGGAGACGUCUCGCCACGAGGGCUUGGACGUUUUGGAAGGAGCCGUAGACGCCAUGGACAACCGGGGAGACAAGUUGAAGUUCAUGGACGCACACUCUCAGAUGUUCUGUCCUCCCACACGCUUUGACUAUCAGCCGCACAUGGGGGACGAGGUGUGUCAGGUGAGUGCUCAGCAGCCCGUCCAGACGGAGUUGUUGAUGCGCUACCAGCAGCUUCAGACUCGUUUGGCCACGCUCAAGAUAGAAAACGAAGAGGUGAGGAAGACUCUGGACGCCACCAUGCAGACCCUUCAGGACAUGCUGACGGUGGAGGACUUUGACGUCUCCGAGGCCUUCCAGCACAGUCAGUCCACAGAGUCGGUCAAAUCGGCGUCUUCUGACUCCUACAUGAGCAAAGCCAACAUCGCAAGGAGACGAGCCAAUCAGCAGGAGACUGAAGGCUUCUACUUUACUAAAUACAAAGAAUACUUGAAUGGCAGCAACUUGAUUGUCAAACUUGAAGCCAAGCACGACGUUCUGAAGCAGACGCUGGGAGAAGGGGAGAGGGCAGAAUAUGGAACAACGAGGCCCCCUCGCCUCCCCCCUAAACCCAAGAGAAUGCGGAAGAUUAGACCUCGCUCCGUUUUUAGGCGUAAGCUGUUUAACGUCAAUAUGGAGGCCUUCAUCCAGGAUUCAGGGCAGCACAUACCAGUGGUGGUUGAAAGCUGCGUCCGAUACAUCAAUCUCUAUGGUCUUCAACAACAAGGCAUAUUCCGAGUUCCAGGAUCCCAAGUGGAAGUCAACGAUAUUAAAAAUGCAUUUGAAAGAGGAGAAGAUCCACUGGUGGAUGAUCAGUCCGAUCAUGACAUCAACUCUGUGGCGGGCGUUCUGAAACUUUACUUCAGGGGUUUGGAGAAGCCGCUAUUCCCAGCAGAACAUUUCCUUGACCUCAUAUCUACAACAAAGCUGGACUUUGGUUCAGAUCGAGCUCACCACCUUCAGCGGAUUCUUUCCACACUCGAGCAGCCUGUGGUCAUCGUCCUGAGAUACUUGUUUGCCUUUCUGAACCAUCUCUCCCAGUACAGCGAUGAAAACAUGAUGGACCCAUACAACCUGGCGAUCUGCUUCGGUCCCACACUGAUGCCUAUACCAGAGAACCAGGAUCCUGUGGCCUGCCAGGCGCACGUGAACGAGGUCAUUAAGACCAUAAUCAUCCACCAUGAGAACAUCUUCCCAAGCCAGCGGGAGGUGGAAGGUCCUGUGUAUGAGAAGUGCAUGGCUGGAGGACAGGACUACUGUGAGAGCCCCCACAGUGACGCCGGAGCUCUUGAUGAGGUGGACAAUGGUACCGGACCCAACACCAGCGAUGAUGAGUUGGAGCAGAUCGAGGCCAUCGCCAAAUUUGACUACGUCGGUCGAAGCCCCAGGGAACUUUCCUUCAAGAAGGGAGCGUCGCUCUUACUGUACCUGCGGGCGUCUGACGACUGGUGGGAGGGGCGCCAUAACGGCGUGGACGGUCUGAUCCCUCAUCAGUACAUUGUGGUGCAGGACAUGGACGACGCAUUCUCAGACAGCAUCCCGAGCAGUGAGGCCAGCAGCGGUUACCACGACGAGCGCUCCUCGUCCAGACACGAGCACCAGUCUUUGCCAGAACAUUCUCUGGAACAACGCUUCGGGGCCGCUUUGGGAAGGCUGCGAGUGCGUUCUGAAGGCGCUCCGCUCCAGCGCCACAGAAACGGCGAAGGUCAGAGCCCCACCAGACACGCCGACCUGCCCCCAAAGGUGGCGCCACGGCCCUGCAGCCCUCACAAAAUGGCGGUGAGCAGAAGCCUGACAGACAGCCCGGAGAAACGGCGUCUCACCACUUUUCAGCGGUCGUCUCCCGCCACGACUCGACACGCCAGCGUUGGAGACCACAAGACUUUCGAGGCUGAAGCGCUCGCUGACGACAUCGAGAAAACCAUGAACACUGCACUUGAUGAGCUACGUGAGCUGGAGAGACAGAACGUUGCCAAACACGCUCCAGAUGUGGUCCUGGACACGCUGGAGCCUCUAAAACACUCUGUUGGUUCUGGUCCUGGUCAGGAGGUACAAGGUAGUCCCCUUCACACCAUGGCCAUCAGAGAUCCCGACGCAGCCCAAAGGAGGAGCAGCAGCAGCUCCUCCUCUGAAACCAUGACGACCUUCAAACCUGCCCUAGCGGCACGAAGGCCCAACGCGCCCGUCAGGCCGCCACCCGUCAGACCGGUGAGGCCGGCUCCCGUACUCACACAGGGUCAGAACCCGCACCGAUCCAGUAGCUCCAGUUCUUCAGGUCUGGGAAGUCCGAGCAUGACUCCCACUGACAGGGUGUUCCCCAAAGCGCCGUCCCCAUCCCCGUCCAACUCCUCAACCUCUUCAGACAAACAAGCUAACUUGUAGAAGGCUUGUAAUUUCUCAUACAGUACAGUCACUCUACACCUACUUAUUAGCAUAAAGCCUAAAUGUUGCCAUCAAUCUGACACUCAGUAGAUCAUUGUUACUUGAAAUAUUUCAAGAUCAUGGAAUGACUUUGCCAUGAUUAUAACCAGAAUAAAGGAACUAAAUAAACAAUUUAAACACAUCAGAAGAAGACAAUGUAAUAAUAUUGUACUACUGAUUGUCAGUACAAAGUAGUAAAGUCAAUAACAACUUACUCAAAUCCUUCCAUCAUCUUAAUUCCCAUAAUUUAAAAAAUAAACUUAAACAAGUUACAAUAUAUUUCAAAAUAUAGAAACACAGAAACAAAUACUGACACCAUCCUGGAUAUCAAUAUAUCGAUAUUUGGAUCAUUAGCAUAGUUGCUGAAUCUUUAGGAGUUAUACAACUUUUUGCACUACAAAGUACUGCAUUACUUUUAGGGUACAACUACAACAUCGGCUGUGUCGUCGUGUUGAACUUUUUUAUCGGAAUUCAAGUAUGUGAGGCUAAAAUUGGCAGCUUGGCGCAGGAGGAGGGUGGGGCUUAACGGAAAGGGGCAGAGCCUGGAAUUAAAUCCAUACGCUGUGGGGGGGAAUUGAAGUGUGUCGUGGCAGUAGAAGUAAACACAACUUGGAUGGCAAAUGUAAAAAAAAAGACAAUAAAGAGACUUUUAUAGGUCUCAAUUUACUUGACUGCUUCAGGUCCUCAUGUUGUGGCCUCCACUCAAAUAGACGCAGGGUGUCAAACUCAUUGAAUGGUAAAAUCACGGCAUGAUAACUUAAAAGUAAAGACAACUCCAGGUUGUUUUCUUUGUUGUAUUUUGACCCAAAAUAGAAGAAGCACAUUAUGAACAUGUACAAAUCCCAAAUAAUCCUCUGGACAAAACACUUCAAGUUUGUCGAAAAGUCUGAGGAAAUCGGUGCGGCUUCAAAAAACACAGUAUGCUUAGACUUGGCCUCAGUGUAUCUACAAAGCCAGGAUUAAACUUUAAGUCACAGUCUUUCUGGGAUUGUACAAAAACACAUGUAAACUCUUUGUCUUGUCCACGUAUCAAUCCAGUGCUAACUCAACAAUCCGUAAGAAACGGAGGUAAAAACUAGGGAUGUCCGAUAAUGGCUUUUCGCCGAUAUCCGAUAUUCCGAUAUUGUCCAACUCUUUAAUUACCGAUACCGAUAUCAACCAAUACCGAUAUCAACCGAUAUAUACAGUCGUGGAAUUAACACAUUAUUAUGCCUAAUUUGGACAACCAGGUAUGGUGAAGAUAAGGUACUUUUAAAAAAAAUUAAUAAGAUAAAUAAAUUAAAAACAUUUUCUUGAAUAAAAAAGAAAGUAAAACAAUAUAAAACAGUUACAUUGAAACUAGUAAUUAAUGAAAAUGAGUCAAAUUAACUGUUAAAGGUUAGUACUAUUAGUGGACCAGCAGCACGCACAAUCAUGUGUGCUUACAGACUGUAUCCCUUGCAGACUGUAUUGAUAUAUAUUGAUAUAUAAUGUAGGAACCAGAAUAUUAAUAACAGAAAGAAACAACCCUUUUGUGUGAAUGAGUGUAAAUGGGGGAGGGAGGUUUUUUUGGGUUGGUGCACUAAUUGUAAGUGUAUCUUGUGUUUUUUAUGUUGAUUUAAUAAAAAUAAAAAAAAACGAUAAAAAAAAAAACGAUACCGAUAAUAAAAAAAAAAACGAUACCGAUAAUUUCCGAUAUUACAUUUUAACGCAUUUAUCGGCCGAUAAUAUCGGCAGGCUGAUAUUAUCGGACAUCUCUAGUAAAAACUAUUCAAAAUGGCUAAGUUCACUUUUCUCGUGUUUGACAGAGACAUUUUUGGGGGAGUAAGUGUGCCAAAUGACGAUGUGUUCCAAGCAAAAGACGUAAAACGGCAGGUUUUAAGUUUCAUGUGGGUGGAGGAGGAGGAGCCACAGUCACUCUUUACUGUGUACCUGUUGCUUGGCCCUGGUAUAAACCGUUUGCUUGCCUAACAGAAUUACUAUUGUGACAUCCAGUGGACACAUUUAGAACAGCAGUUUCUUUCAUUGAAAAAAAAAAAAAAAAAAGCAGGUAAUUUUUCAUUUUUCAGCUCAAAAUUCCUUUUCGGCCGUACGUUUGACACCCCUGCCCUAAAUAAUAGCCGAAUAAGUAGGAUUCUUUCCCCUUCAGCUGUAGCCACAUGUUUACCUUGUGGUACGUUACGGUGCGGCAUGCCGUACUUUGAUUCGGUUCUUGUUUACACAGCGGGCUUGACACUAAACAAGUCAAUUUAACUCGGAAGAAAACAAAAAAACGUCAAACUUUUGUUGUACGCUGUAUCGCCUCGUGCUGGCAAAUAUCGUUUGUUGUUCUUAAAUGAGACCAAGAAAUACUUUAAUUGCACAGCUCAAAAUGUUUCUGAGUAAUUCCAGUGCAAGCAGCAUUUUAAUAUCCUAUUAAACGUCAUAGUACAUUUACAAUACUACUUCUCCCAAAUGAAGUUACAAUACGCUCUGACGUCGUGAUUUAUUUUCAAUAUUCCAAUUCAAACUAACGACUAAAGCACAAAGUAGCUAAAAAGUGUGUUUAGCCAUCUGAGCUAACGGAUGUUAGCAUUUUUAUAAAGGCUUCAAGAAACACAUCAUUCCACAUAACUUGGACCUAGAAAUGAAUACAGUUGUCAUAUACUAUGUACUGUUUAUUUACCAUGUACUAUGAACUGUAUAUGUACUAUGUACUAUACUUUGAAGUACUGCACUUGAAAGCACUAGCGUGUCAUUUGUACUAGAAACGUGAUGAUAGCUUCAACCACAUGGUGUCAUGAUCAUGAACACAAUAGAAAUAUUUCCCUUGGAUUGAAUGCUGAACUCUGACUUGCGUAAAUAAUAAAUAACAAUGUAUGAUAGAAACAGGAUAUAUUAUCAUCUCUAGUCUGUAGAUUUUUGUAACUCUUAUCCUCGCACAUGCAGUCAUUAAAGACUACGUUGAAGACAAAUAA